CAUGCUGAAUUGUCUGCGGUUCAUUACGUGGAGAUGUGUGCGGCGUUACUCUAGUUUGCAUUAUGCCUUCCGCUACUUUUUGACAUCCUUAUUGCCAUUUGUCUUUUACCUUUUGCCGACGUUGUUGCUCUCAAUGGUCCCCGGAACAGCUAUGUUUGCUCGCAAUGUUCAGUAUCCCCUUCUCUUACCCAGGAGAUACUGGAUGAGCGUUACUCGAUUAGAGUCUGUGAUACUGACUGCCUAUUUUGGGGCUAAUUGUGCUUAUCGCGGAUUUUGUUGGCAUUCCUCUGUCGACGUAUUACAUAUUUCAUCAUUUUAUCGGCAGAGUUGCGAUUAUGGAGGGUGCUUUACACGCCGUCCUUGCAUUUAGACACUCGAGGCUGAACCAGGCCUCCACAUCAGGCUAUAUUGUAAGUCGAAAGCCCACUUGCUUGAGUUUGAGUUGACAAGCAAAGGCUUUCGGAGGACUUCUUAUCCUCCUGUGCACCUCUUUCUACUGCAUGCGCCGAUACUUCUUCCGAAGUUUCGCCAAAUUACACCUUGUUCUUGCGCUUACCACGCUGGGAGCAACUGCCUGGCAUGUGAUUAGCCUGGCGGCUAAGCAAGCUGAGAUGAUUGUUCUGGUAUCCGGCGGGGUUUGGGUGUUGACGGCUGCCUACACAUGCAUCAGACUUCUGUUUUACACGACUGGAGCGACGAUAACCGACGAGACUGGAGAUUCUGAAGUCUCCCGCAUCACCAUGACCUGUAAUCGCCGCUUCCGCCAUUUUCCAGGAAGUUAUUUUUAUAUCUUUCCGGCGGGAUCGUUCUUCCACUAUAACCUUUUUACCAGCUAUCCGAUGACGGUGCUGUGGUACGAGCUAGACACUGAGGGAAAUGACAGUGUAGAAUUGACCUUCUUGGUUCUGCAUAGCCGCCCUCUCAAAUCGCUGCGAUUCACAAAGGGCGAAAAACUACUGAUAGAUGGUCCGUACGGACAGAACCUACGUCUCAAUUAUUUUAGAAGCGCGAUGCUCACAGCACACGGGGUUGGGAUAUUGGGUAUUCUCUCUAUCGCCAGGAGUCUUUGGGAGAAUCGACGACCAGGUGACAUACUCCGCAGAGUGAACAUCUUCUGGAGUAUGGAGCGAAACUCGGAGGGAGGAUGGGCUGCAGAUUACCUGAAACGUUUGCAGGAACUAGAUGCCGGCAAUGUUAGUACCCUAUCUAUGUAGUUCUGCCAUUUGUAAUCGGUCACUAAUACUUAAAGGAACUUUUCGUUGUAUGGUGCGUUUACCCAGCCGAAGGGAAGGAGGAGCCGGUCUUCGAGGAAACUAGCCAUUGGCUGUAUUUUCAUCAUGUCGAUCGUCAUCUGUUACUCGAACAUAUGAUGGACGCCACUUCAGAGGAGGGUAUAGUUGUAGGUAAGUAACCCUCAGCCAGGCUCCUAGGCGAUGAAUUAAACUAACGACCGGCCAAGCUUGCGGUGGCCCCGCCUUCUCUGCCGAUGUCCGCAAAGCUGUCAUUGACCGCAGAAAUUCCCGAUCCAUUGAAUUCGUCGAAGUUCAAUACCGACCCAACACCAGGUCAUCUCGCACUAGAAAUGCUGUGAGCUCGGAGAAGGGAGCAUAUAAACAGGACGUUAUCCAUGACGUAGACUUGGAGAAGGGAAGACAAAAGUUACGUAGGAUACACUCAGAGGAGGAUGAGCAAUGGGAUGAAAUAACGCUUGCCUCUCCCACCAGCACGUUCGCCGAUGACGUCCCGCGGAAGGCUCAGAAAAAGAUAGAUUAGAACCCACAAAUGUACCUAUUUACCUAGGUAUACAGACGUCCAUGGAUUUGGAUGUUAUUCAAACCAAUCACUAUUGAUUAAAUCA